ACGAACAGGUGAGAACAGCGUUGUCUUCAGCACACAGCUAGCCUAUCACACCGCGCAUGGACCUGAUUACUUUCUGAGGGGCUGCACACAAGACGAUCGCUGUAUGAAAGCCUGUUAAGGCCUGAUCCUAUUUACUUGAUAUUAUUCUUAUUAUUAUUAUUAAUAUAUUCUCUAUCACCUAGCAAAACAUCCAGCAUUCAUUAUUAUUCAUUAUUAUUUUUACAAGCUUAUCUAAUCGUUAACGUCAGGUACACUUAGAAUAAUCACCACACUUCUUUCUACCUUUUCUUCUCUUUCUUCUUCUUCUUCUUCUCAAGCCUUUUCUAGCUUUCGCCUUCUUCUCCUUCUCCUUCUUCUCCUUCACCUGUAAGCAGUUUCGAACUUGUCAAAACAUACAAAAUAGGUGCCGAAAUUUAUUGAUAAAAACAAGAAACAAAUAUAAAUAGGUACAUAGAUAAUUUGAAAGGUGAGGUGAAAGCACACUUGUUGAUCAUUGUUUCUUCGACAGGUAUGGAAAAUACAUCGGAAUGGUUUGAUUUCUUUCAUUGCUAAGAGAUUCAAUUUUCACUUUUCAUUACAAAAUACUUGACUCUCUGAGAAAAAGACGCAUUUCUUUAGAAGCGAAGAACUUGGGGAUCAUCUAUAAUUUCAACUGACAUCUGGAACAAAACUUGUGAUUUUUCUUUUUAUAUCCGGCAUUUGUUCAAAGACUUACAAACUAUAUAUAUAGAUAUAUUAACACACACGCAUAUAUACACAACAAUAUAUAUAUAUAUAUAUACCAAAACAUAUAUUUAUAUAUUCUUAUUUAUAAGUUUCAUACGUGCAUUAUAUAUACAUAUACAUAUACAUAUAUACAUAUAUAUUUAUAUACAUUAUAAAUAUACAUUAGAUCGUACCUGAUAUCAUCGAAUAUGAAAGACGAUAGCUAUCGAAUGAUCCCUUGUGGGGUCAAAACUUUCCUGGAACAGCUGGGACUUUUACAUUACUACGACAUCUUCCGAACGAAAGGGUUCGAUUCCGAGGCGGAUCUUCGACACAUUGAUCGCGAAGCCCUCGACGGCAUGUAUAUUACAGACAAACUGGACAGAGAUCUCAUCCUAACGUGUGGCAAAUAUAAAAAUAUAAAUAUUUUUUCUUCAAAACGAAAGCUAAAAUAUUUCUGCCUAUUAAAAGAACAACCACAAAAACUGUUGAGAGAAUGGUUGCCAGUGGUUGAGAGUGAGAGAAUCAGGAGUGUCCAUAUUAUGAUGAAAAGAGAGAGCGAUAGCGUUUUGCCUGCUGAUGGUGCUGUUAAAUGGGUGAAAUCAGCAGGCAAACAGUGUGAAAAGACCACCACCACCACCACCACCACCACUUCGAGCAGUAACAACGAGAACAACAACAACAACAGCAGUAGCAGCGACAGCACUGACACUAUAACCAGCGCUUCUGUUGUCAAAACUACUCAACAGGGUUGGGUAGAGCACUCCUUUGACAGUAAUUUUAGUCAAAACUUCCGGAAAUACCUGGUAAAACCCAAUCUUCUCAGGCUACCAUCAGCCGAAAAAGAUACGAUCACGAAGAGAACUGUGAUCUAUAGGUGCCUAAAUAAGAAGACAAAACGGAUCAAAUAUCCGACUCUAGCGCAGGCAGAAGAAUGUCUGAAGGCGGUUUGGGGGUCGAUAUGGCACAUCAGGAGAGCGAAAGAAUGUGGAUAUCUCGUGGCUCUAUGCCAUACCGAAGAGGCAGCAAAAAGGAUUUCCAUACACACUUGCUACUCAAAUGAAUAUAUUUUCAGCCCAUCUUAUCUGGGGAAGCAAGUGAAUAAGGUAACUUUUUUUAAUGUACCUCCGGAGAUGAACAUCCAAUAUUUCGGGAUGAUACUGGAAGUGUAUGGUGAUAUUUUGGAUUUGAAAUCCACCCCGAAAGAAAAUUGGUUGAUGAUCCAGGUGGAAGUGAAAAUGCUGCUGAAUGCAAAAGACUUCCAUAGGAUCCCUGAUAUAAUUAACGUGGAAGGUGCAGAACCCAUAAGAGUUGUGGUUGAGAGCAGAAAAAUUAAGUGUUGCUUCUGCAGAAGUACAACCCAUCACAAAGCUCUGUGCCCUCAGUUAAAGGAACAGAAACUAAUUGAAUCCCAAGAGCAUGUCAAAACCCUUACACCCAAACUAUGGCAGGAGAAAAGUUUGGUACCUGCUCCCACUGAAGAGGAAGUUCUUCCCAAAUGUCCUGCUCUGCAACCAAACAAUAAGGAUUUACAUUCGUCUUCCAACCAGGUUUUCCUGUAUCUCACCGAUUCCUUGGAAAAUGUUUUGGAGAAGAAAGAUCAGGCUGAAGGAUGGCAAACAGGCUCCGAAGGGACGAACCGAAAAAGCAGGAGUGUUCGGAGCCCUACUCUGAAAGAUCAACAAAGACAGCUACAAACACGAAAACCUCAUCUUCAAUCCACUUCACAACAACCUCAACAAGAACAACAGCAGCAUCAACAACAAAAACAACAACCGCAUCAACCUCAGCAACAGCAACAUCUAGCCAAUCAGUACCAUUUCGAUAAAUCAUACCUUCUCCAUGAGUGGCUGCGACAACACAACCUGGAGUAUUAUCAUGUCAACUUCAUGCAGUCAGGACGUGACUCACUCGACAUUCUUGAGGAAAUGGAACUUCCUGACGAAGAAAUCUAUGAUGACUUGGAAAUUACCCUGCCAGGGCACAAGAAAAGACUGGAACGUGCAGAAAAGAAUAUAAUGUCUUUUUUUAUGAAUUUUUCUUCCCUAGAAUUUAUGGUUGAUUCUGGCAGCGAUGUGGUGACUUUGAGGAAAGACAUUGUUGAAAAGCUUGACUUGAAAGAACUGGGAAACGUUCGCAGCAAAGGAGUUCAUGCGUCAAUGCACAAAACCCUAUAUGAAGCCAAGCUUAAGCUUGGAUCAGUUGAACUUAAAAUUGAGGUUAUUUCAGAGGAAUAUAAUUCACUAGGGAACCGUGUGUUACGUUGUUUCCGUCACUACAUCACUGGUUCUCGGCACAUUUGGCUCAAGGGGGAUUAUGUUGACCCUUCGAUGCAAUGUGAGCCAAGUGGAAACCACAACCAGAAGGACAGAGAGUCGGACGAGGAGAAUGACCAAAUAUCUGUGAUGAAACCAACUGAUUCGAAACUUAACGGUUGUCCCUUAGACGAAGUCGUCAGCAACACAGAAGAGACCAGGUCUAAAACAGACCAAACGGAAGAUGAAGUACAAAAGUUAGAUCAUACACCAUCGCAUGACAUUAACAACCAAACGAAACAAAGCUAUACAGCGGGUGAUGAACUGUCUGAGUAUUCCGAAUUAGUUCAAGAGACAUACAAGACUCCAAAACGUUCUCGGAAGUUAAGGCCUCUGUGUGGCAGCAAGCUGAAAAGAGAACGAAAGUCUAGGAAAAGGAAACAUAAUUUGUUUUCCAGCAAAGAACCAAUUCGAAAGAAAGCUUGUGGAAAACUCACAUAUGACUCUGUUAUUUCAUGAUGUUUCAUGAAUGUUUGAAAACCGAACAUUUGUAAUGCCACCAUUUUGAAAGAAUAACUAUUUUAUAUAUUUAUCAUUUUUUUUUUUUUUAAUUUACAGCAUUUGAUGGCAUAAAAGACACAUGGACUUUCAACUGGGGUCCAAAUGACCCGUGAGGGUCCAUAUGGCCUGUGAGAGUCCAUAUGGUGGGGUCCACACAACAAAAUAAUAAUUAGGGGUCCACAAAAGUAUUUUAAGGGCCCCUGAAAAAAAUUUUGCUUUAGAUUUAUGUAUUGCAAGAAACAGCUGGGUUUCUUUCUCUAAUAUUUUUACAGAGUUUAAACAACACAAGUUAAUGUGUGAAAAACAAAAUAUGAAUUUUGUAAGAAGUUUCUAUAAAACUAGUUAUUAAACAUC